AUGUUUGCUUCGUUUACAUCAUUCCUACCUUCUGCUCUUCAGCUACACGCUUCUCCGGAGAAAGCUAAUGUCGCCCCUUCGUCCAACUUCCGCCCCGACAACGAUGACGAUGACGAUGAGAAUACCAAUCGCGCCAAUAGUUCGCCAGGACAGCCGUCAGUCAAUGAAUUUGGGUUGGUGAAGGAUCAGAAGGAAAAAGACAAGAAAGGAGCGAAUGAAACGUUCAUCUUUGUUCGGCCUCCUCCUUCUAAGACGAAUCACCCGUUGAAUUUGCAAGUGCAACUUGUACCCCCCAAUUCCCGUGGACCGUCAGGACUUACACCCACGGGAACAGUCAAUACUCCAGUGACUGCUACUCCGGCGCGCCAGUCAUUCGAUGCAAACCAAUCGCGGAGGCAGGGAACAGACGACUCGGCAAAUGAGCUGACACGCACGAGCACAAACCGCUCAGAUGUCUCGACGUCCGUCUACUCUGGUUAUUCUUCGGUGUCCAGUUUUUCGUCUGUCGCCAGUACGAGCACCAAUGCUUCGCAGCCAGGGCGGCGCACGAUCAUCCCCUUGUACAAUCUUCAAGCCCAUAAUGUCAUGACGAAUACUAUUGUAGACGCUGGGACUGAUGCCAAGAUCGCGAAGUUCCAGAAACGCGGGCUAGAGAUGAUUGGGUUGGCGAUGCUGGAGCCGGUCGAAGUUUGGCCGACGAAUAACCUGCCAAACGACGCUCGGCGUGCUCCCCAUAACGGCAGUGGUCUUCUGCACCCCCAGCAAGAUAGGCCAAGUCGACCCGUGACUCCAACAGUAUCGGAGGAUUUACACGGCCAUACUCCAACGUCUUCGAGACUCUCUGUCUCUUCUGCUGGCAUAGAUUCGACAUCACAUCAUCAGCCAAGCAAGGGAGGCUACCCAAUUGGCACUGAAUACCGUGAAUACCAUCCACACAUUCCGCACCCAUAUCCAUCCCAAACUAUAGGCGGUCUCCCUGAGGGUCCCCCCUCAGUUGACAUGCCUACCAGUGCUACAAAGAAGAAUAUAUUCGGUAAGCUGUUCAAGCGUAAAGGUGGGAGCGCUGCAUCUUCCCCCGACCCAAGUGCCUCGCCUAGCCUCUACUCCGCCGCGUCCCCUAGCAUGUCUUCGCCAACACCGAAGCCUCAAAACUCGGAAGGAUCGCCAUCUCUUAUUUCGCCCUCGUUAAUGUCUCCCGUCAUGUCCCCCGAUGCUACGACACCUACAAUGCCCUCCACUCCUAAUAUGUAUAUCAACCCUUCUCAGCAUCUCAACGCCGAUAGUCCCCAUCACCAUCGUGCACCAAGUGCCCCCGUUCCAUCGAUGACCACGCCACAAGAUAAUCACAAACUUGGUCUGAGUGAAGGCAGCGGUGAAACACCAACGCCCCGCUCGAAGAGGCAAGCUCCGAGUUUCAAUCUACCGGGGAUUAUAGGAAAGGGUAGUGCGUUCAUUGGGCGCGGUGCCAAUCCGACUGGCGGUCGUAAAACACCCUCGCCAGUACCACCCCCAUUACCUCCACGAGAUCAUGCGCCUCAUUCGGAAGAUUCGACCCAAACUGCGACGAAUGGUAGCCGAACUGUUGGAAGCCGGAGCACUGCCGUUACGGUCGGUGAGACUGCCAAGAGGGAUAGCGGAAUAUUUGGUGCCCCAACUGACUCUAGUGGAAGCAUCAACGUCCACAAUCCUCCUACGCCGACCCAGUCUCAGAGCCAACUCGCUCCCGCACCUGUCCAAGCCCUACGCCCACCUGUCCUUGGUAUACAACCCGCGCUUUCCAUCGUUCCCAUUGGAUCCAAAGCCGCCAGGGCUGUCUACUUCUCCGCUUGCUGUGAUAUCACUUUCUCGACAACCCCGCAAUCUGCUUUGUUCCUGGAAAACCCUGAAGCAAUGUUCAAUCGAAUCGCGCUACGAUGGGUGGGUCAGCGGCUCGGCGUUGGGAGAGAGGAGGAUAGGAGGAGAAGUGGACUUCGAGAGGAAAGCGAGUAUGGCAAUAAUUGGAAUAUGUUUGAGGUGAGGUUUGAGUGGAAGAGGGGGAAGAGUUCGAAGAGCGCCAAGAGGAAAGGCAGGGAGAGAGAAGAUCGCAGGUCGAGCCUUGUCAUAGGGAAUCCACCGCCUCCACGCGAGAGGGCCAACCGGAGUACCAGCCGACAUGCCAGUAGAAAUAGUCUGCCAGCCAGCAAGGACACUCCUGAAGGCGACGACGAAAUAUCACCGAAGGACAAGGCAAGCAAACGCUUAAGCUUGAUAUCCCAUAAGAGCGUCAGCACCUCAGCUGGUGGGUCGGACGAGCAGCGAUCUGAUACAGGCCGGAAGCCUCGUUCCCAAUCACGCCCUCGAAGGAAGGACUCCCGUUUAGAUGAUGAUGACGAAGAGGACGACGGUGAAGAAAGCGAUCCGGAGGAUUCGGAGACUCCGUGGACAUGUACACUGAAGGUGAAGCGUGUGACGCCGCAAGUAGCUGGCGACUCGUUGCUUCUGCCAUUGACUCAGACCGCGUCACGGUCACCGCGGUCGUCAGCAUACUCGAGGGGUUCUCUGGACCUGCAGAAUCCUGCCGUCGUCGCAGCCGUCAAGGGUGGAUCUUCACCGACGUUGAGAUUGAAGUUGGGUACACUCAGCCCCACACCUCAUCAUCCGAAGGUUGUUGCGAUGUUGAAGGUGCCAUUCCCUCUCUCGGAUGUCAACGUCGGACAAAUGAUUGUGCAGAAGCGCCCUUCGCCUGGCGUCGCCGGGCACCCGCCUCAACCCGACCUUCCCCCACGACCCGCAACUAGCGCAGGCGGUGAACGUUCCGUGUCGGACUUCAGCAAUAGCGGGCUUGUGCUGACGGCGGAGGAACUCAAGGAUGUGGUAUGCUCUACCGGGAUGUGGCUAGUUGUUCGAGAAAGCUUCGGGGGUGUCGGAAAAGAGCGAAGACGUGGUGAUGGUUGGCGGAUUAGGGCGUGA